AUGGAGAAAUUCAGUAGAUCUAAAUCAAGUAGAGAGCAGAUAGAGAAGUACAGCUCCUUUAAUGGAGAACGUCCAACCAGCAUGCAAGAUCUGAGGAGUUUCAGCACUACAGCUGCUGCUUCAUAUGGAUCAUCAUCAGUUCACAUAACUCCUCUCCCAUUACACUAUCUAGAUCAUAAUCCAGCCAAGAUCAACAAACAAAAGAUCAAGGAUUCCUCUUCUUCAAAAACUUGGAGUUUAAACGACCCUGAGUUACAGAGGAAAAAGAGAAUUGCAAGCUACAAGGCCUAUUCCAUGGAAGGAAAAAUGAAGGGUUCUUUCAAAAAAAGCUUUAGCUGGAUCAAGGAAACAUGUAAUCACGUGGUUCAUGGAUGGUGGUGA